CCACUGUGGCGUAAAACUAUAUUGCAAAGAUUCAGUGAUGAAGACCAACUGGACCAUAUGUCUGCUGCUCUUCUUAGCUGUUACCCUUGUUUCUGUCACAGCAGUCCCAGAAGAGGGACAUGUCAAUUUCACAGAUGGGCUCCUCGAUGAGGAAACAGAACGUAGCCUCCAUACACUGGGCGUAACGACGAAUAAAAUUAUGACGGCACAGUACGAAUGCUACCAGAAGAUUAUGCAAGCUCCUGCUAACACAAUUAAAGGUCCGCACUGCAACAGAACGUGGGAUGGGUGGUUGUGUUGGGACAGUGCGGCUGCAGGAACCAGUUUGGUGCAGAACUGCCCUGAUUACUUCCAGGAUUUUGAUCCAUCAGAAAAAGUUAUUAAGAGCUGUGACCAAAGUGGACACUGGUUUAUACAUCCGGAAAGUAACAGAACAUGGACAAACUACACACUGUGCACCUUAGGAGUAACUUCAAAACUACAGACAGCUCUGAAUUUAUACUAUCUCACUAUCAUUGGCCACAGCCUCUCCAUUGUUUCACUGUUGAUUUCCCUUGGCAUAUUCUCCUAUUUUAAGAGCCUGAGUUGCCAACGGAUCACUUUGCAUAAGAAUCUCUUUUUUUCUUUUGUAUGCAACUCCAUUGUCACAAUUAUCAGCCUUUCUGGAGUUGCCAACAAUCAGCAGUUGGUCACAGCCAAUCCGGUUGGAUGCAAAGUAGCUCAGUUCGUUCACCUUUAUUUAAUGGUUUGCAGUUACUUUUGGAUGCUCUGCGAAGGCAUUUAUCUGCACACUCUCAUUGUGGUGGCCGUAUUUGCAGAGAAACAGCACCUGUUGUGGUAUUACCUGCUUGGAUGGGGAUUCCCAUUGAUUCCUUCCUGCAUACAUGCUGUUGCAAGGGCCAUAUAUUUCAAUGACAACUGCUGGAUCAGUUCAGAUACUCACCUGUUGUACAUCAUCCACGGUCCCAUUUGUGCUGCUCUCGUGGUGAAUCUCUUUUUCCUGUUGAACAUAGUUCGCGUUCUGAUAACCAAGCUCAAAGUCACCCACAGGGCGGAAUCGAAUCUUUACAUGAAAGCCGUCAGAGCCACCCUAAUCUUAGUGCCGCUUCUUGGCAUUGAGUUUGUGUUGUUGCCUUGGCGACCAGAGGGGCGUAUCGCUGAAGAGAUUUAUGACUAUAUAAUCAAUAUUCUUAUGCAUUAUCAGGGUUUGUUGGUAGCAACGAUUUUCUGCUUUUUUAAUGGAGAGGUCCAGUCCGUGAUCCGGAGGCACUGGAAUCAAUACAAGAUCCAAUUUGAUAACAGCUUUUCUCACUCGGACGCAAUUCGCUCCACUUCCUACACUGUCUCCUCAGUCACAGAUGCUCAGAGCUUCACCUACAACCACGACUGCGCCAGUGAACAUUUAAACGGGAAAACCUGCCACGACAAGGAAAAUGUGGUUAUUUAAAGCACAAAUGCCAUGUAGCUGAUGGUGGAAAACUCUUGUUCUUCCCGCCCUCAUCCCAAAAAUAUUUCUGAGUGGACGACCCCCACGAGAACUUUUCUCGUCAAGCUACCAACAUGGAUAUUCUUGAAGGAUGUCAUGAAUUUCAAUGUGUUUCUCACAUGGGCAUGUGCGUGAGCAUAUCCCACAUGUGAGCAUGUGUGUGUUCUCUUUGUUUGUUGAUACUGGAGCUGGUCACGCCCAUCAAACCGAUCUUUUAAACUUUGUCCUCUGAUUCCCAACACUCAGGGGAAAACUGGUUGAGAUUUUAAUUGGGAUCAGUCUAGCUCCAGGUACAUGCAUAUAUGUAUAUCUUUUGUGCAUAUAUGUAUCAAAAUAUAUAAACUUUUUGCCUUUUCAGUU